AUGAUUGUAAUAAAUCGUAGUUGCUCAGUGGUUGCUAGAGUUAAACCAACAUUAAGUACCCUUGCUUCGUUAAAGCUUGCCUCCACCUCUACCUCCACCUUUAGCCCUCUAUUAUCUAAUUCUAAAACAGCACAUGCCAUAGAAAAACGCAAUAUCCAUACUUCUGUUCCACAAUCCAAAGAUGAUUAUUAUAAAACAUUAGGAGUUAAUAAGUCGGCGAAUGCCAAGGACAUCAAGAAAGCUUAUUUCCAAUUAGCAAAGAAGUAUCACCCGGAUGUUAACAAGACAACGGAAGCUCAAGAGAAGUUCCAAGCAAUAUCGGAAGCUUACGAAGUUUUAUCGGAUGAUACAAAAAGACAACAGUAUGAUACUUUCGGUUCCAAUCCUGCCGGUGGGGCUGGUUUUGGAGCCCAAGGUGGCCCAGGUGGUGGAUGGAGCCAUCAUAAUGUGGAUGUCAAUGAAGUUUUCCGAAAAGCCUUUGGAUUCAAUAUGGGAGGAGGCGGUGGAAUGUCUUGGGAUUUCGCCGAAAGCCAGUUUGGACAUGGUCAUUCUGAAGAGGUUAUAAUGAACAUCUCAUUCGAAGAAGCUGUGAAAGGAGCUCAAAAAACCGUUUUGAUCAAUGUUGUUGACGAUUGUUUAUCUUGCAAAGGGUCUCAAGUCCAACCUGGUUACAAGAAGGUUUCUUGUCCCUAUUGCAACGGGUCUGGAAUGGUUUCAGGUCGUUUACAAGGUGGUUUCAUCUAUCAAACUGCUUGUAAUAGAUGCAUGGGUUCGGGCCAUUACAACAAAAACCCUUGUCAUGAGUGCGAAGGAAAAGGACAAACUGUACAACGUAAAUCCGUAUCUUUCAACAUUCCCCCAGGAACUUCUGAUAAGAAUGAAAUUAGAAUUAACCACGGAAAGACUGCGAUUUACGUACGAUUCAAUGUGAGGCCAUCCACUAUCUUUAAGAGAGAACAUGAUGACAUCCAUUGUGAUGUAGAAAUCUCUUUAGCCCAAGCAGUUUUAGGAGGAACUGUGAAGAUACCCAGCCUUUCCGGGGAUAGAUACAUUCAUAUCGAUGCAGGAACUUCUAGUCACACAUUAUUAAAACUCACUGGUCAAGGAGUAAAGAGACUGAAGAGAGAAGGUCACGGUGAUCAGUAUAUUCACAUAAAACUCACAGUUCCAAAGAAAAUAACUGAAGCUCAACGAAAACUUAUAUUUGAAUGGACUGAUACUGAUAAACCUAAAUCAGGAACUGUGCAGGGUUAUGAUGAGUACAAAGCUGCAUUAGAUAGUAAAGAUAGCUUUAAAAAGGAGUCCGCACCAGCUUCAAAAACUGAGACUUCUCCACCUCCUCCUCCACCUCAUACUAGUACAGAGGAUAUAUUUGGUGGUAGUUCAAGCAAAGCUUCUCCCGAUAUUUCCUCUCCUUCUUCCUCUGAUGAGAAGUCCUCUGAAGAGAAGUCCUCUGAUGGUUUCUUUAGUCGAAUGAAAAAAUCUUUAUUCGGCCAGUAG